UCCCAACUGCAUACUGCAUUCCACACACUCUCUCUUUGUCUUUCUCUUCCUCCUUUCUCUUUUUACCUGUAACUGAGAUGGCUACAGGGAAGGAAGAGAGUAGUGUUGUCCAUGGCGAAGCCCAGAAGGUUGUGACGGAGUUUGAUGCUCCUAAGAAGAAAGGAAGAAACAAGUAUGCCAUUGCUUGUACUAUUUUGGCUUCCAUGACCUCCAUUUUGUUGGGUUAUGAUAUUGGAGUAAUGAGUGGAGCGGUCAUAUAUAUCAAAAAGGACCUCAAGAUCAGCGAUGUAGAAGUCGAAAUUCUGGUGGGAAUCCUCAACGUGUAUUGUUUAUUCGGUUCUGCUGCCGCCGGCAGGACCUCAGACUGGAUCGGUCGCCGAUACACGAUAGUAUUGGCCUCUGUUAUCUUCUUCCUCGGGGCUCUGCUCAUGGGCUUCGCUACCAACUAUGCUUUUCUCAUGGUGGGCCGCUUGGUGGCUGGAAUCGGCGUUGGCUACGCCCUCAUGAUAGCUCCUGUCUACGCCGCAGAGGUUUCUCCGGCGUCCUCACGUGGCUUCAUCACCUCAUUCCCCGAAGUUUUCAUCAACGCUGGAAUCUUAUUCGGCUAUAUCUCCAACUACGGCUUCUCCAAGCUCCGCCCUAACCUUGGCUGGCGAUUCAUGCUUGGCAUCGGUGCAGUUCCCUCCGUUUUCCUCGCCUUGGUCGUCAUCGCCAUGCCCGAGUCUCCUCGUUGGCUAGUCAUGCAGGGUCAACUCGGUUUGGCCAAGCGAGUACUUGACAAAACAUCCGAUUCCAAAGAAGAAUCCCAACUACGACUUGCUGACAUCAAAGAGGCCGCCGGCAUCCCAGAGGAGUGCACUGACGACGUCGUUGCAGUCCCCAAGAGGAGCCACGGCGAAGGCGUCUGGAGAGAGCUUCUCAUCUUUCCCACCCCCUCCGUCCGCCGCAUCCUCAUUGCAGCCGUCGGCAUUCACUUCUUCCAACAAGCCUCAGGCAUUGACGCCGUCGUCCUCUACAGCCCAAGAAUCUUCGAAAAGGCAGGCAUAAAAGAUAACGACCACAUUCUACUCGCCACCGUCGCCGUCGGAUUCGUCAAAACCUGCUUCAUCCUUGUCGCCACUUUCUUACUCGACAGGGUCGGACGGCGACCGCUGCUUCUAACCAGCGUCGCAGGCAUGAUCUUUUCACUGGCGGCCCUAGGAGUGGGACUGACCGUGAUCGACCACUCAGACACCAAGUUAAUCUGGGCCGUAGCUUUGAGUCUCUGCACAGUAUUAUCGUACGUGGCUUUCUUCUCCAUCGGAAUGGGGCCAAUCACGUGGGUUUACAGCUCAGAGAUCUUCCCACUGAGGCUACGAGCCCAGGGUUGCAGUAUUGGGGUGGGCGUAAACCGAGUGACAAGUGGCGUCCUCUCAAUGACUUUCAUCUCACUGUACGAUGCCAUCACCAUUGGAGGGGCAUUUUUCCUAUACUCCGGCGUCGCUUUGGUCGGUUGGAUUUUCUUCUAUACAUGGCUACCGGAAACACAGGGCAGAAGCCUUGAAGAUAUGGAGAUACUGUUCACCAACUCCAGCUGGAAUAAGAAGAAGUCAUCUACUAACGACACUAGCGGUAACAGCAACGAUCACAUUAACGGCCAGAUCCAAUUAGGAACUAAUGGAUGAUGGGUUUUUUGGUAAAUUUGUGGGUGUGCUUAGUAGGAAACUUUUUAUAUAAUGACAAAUGUAUUCCCCUCUUGUCUUGUCUGAUAUUUUCAAAAUAAGUUUAUAGUGAUGUGAGAGGGGGCUGAAUAUGGAAUGAAAAAAAAAAAAAAAAAAGUUCAAAGUUAAAAAUACAUUGCUUUCACUUUGAA